AUGGAGCUGAGCCUGGAGAGCCUGGGGGGCCUGCACGGCGUGGCCCACGCGCAGGCGGGCGAGCUGCUGAGCCCGGGCCACGCGCGCUCGGCGGCGGCGCAGCACCGCGGCCUGGUGGCGCCCGGGCGCCCGGGCCUGGUGGCCGGCAUGGGCCCGGGCGCGGGCGGCGGCGGCGGCGGCCCCGGGGCGGGCGCGGCGGCCGAGGAGAUCAACACCAAGGAGGUGGCGCAGCGCAUCACUGCCGAGCUGAAGCGCUACAGCAUCCCGCAGGCCAUUUUCGCGCAGCGCAUCCUGUGCCGCUCCCAGGGCACGCUCUCCGACCUGCUGCGCAACCCCAAGCCGUGGAGCAAGCUCAAGUCGGGCCGGGAGACCUUCCGCAGGAUGUGGAAGUGGCUGCAGGAACCCGAGUUCCAGCGCAUGUCGGCGCUGCGCCUAGCAGCGUGCAAGCGCAAGGAGCAGGAGCAGCAGAAGGAGCGCGCGCUCCAGCCCAAGAAGCAGCGCCUGGUGUUCACCGACCUGCAGCGGCGCACGCUCAUCGCCAUCUUCAAGGAGAACAAGCGGCCGUCCAAGGAGAUGCAGGUCACCAUCUCGCAGCAGCUCGGCCUGGAGCUCAACACCGUCAGCAACUUCUUCAUGAACGCGCGGCGCCGCUGCAUGAACCGCUGGGCCGAGGAGCCGGGCGCCGCCCCCGCGGGCCCCGCCGGCGCCGCCGCCACCUUCUCCAAGGCCUGA